UGUGUUUUUGAGGUCAGGAUUUUAUCUUGGUGCUGGUUUCUGUGAGGCUCCAUGUGCCCUGGCAGCCUGACCAGUGAGCAUCACAUGUGACACUUGCUGAAGAGAGCUGUGGACCAGCAGCCCACCUGACUGAAUGGAUUGAAACAGCUGCAUAAACUUUGUCCAUAAAAUAAGGUAUUUCAUGGAGCCUUUGAGCACUAACAUCACUGCUCUCUGCGUGACCAUCUGAGACCAAACAAGCUGGACACAGCCAUGGGGGACUCUCCAGCAAAUGUCCUGGGUGGAGGCAUGGACACACAGACUGAACUGGUGGAGAGGGUGGCAGCCAUAGAUGUGUCUGUUGUCCCAGACAGAAGUGACCAAAAUGGUGAAGACAACCCUGAAGAAAAUGACACAGUCUUUUCUGAUAACAUAAAGGACAUCCAAAGAAAUGGAGUCAGCAGUGACAUGGGAAUCAAUGAACUUCUGCCUUCCCAACAGUCAGAAGAUGCUCACUUGAGGCAUGUUCCCAAAAGACCUCUAACUAGACCUGGCCUGUCAAGUAGGAAGUUGUCCCUUCAGGAAAGAUCAUCAGGAGGUUAUUUGGCUUCUAGCAACACUCCAGGUUGUGGUCCUUAUGCCACGGGGCCAUCACCACGUAUAAUCAGGAGACCAACGAUAGAGUCCAAUCGGGUCUCCAUAUCAGACUCUGAGGACUGUGUGCAAUUAAACCAGUACAAGCUGCAGAGUGAAAUAGGGAAGGGUUCCUACGGCGUCGUGAAACUGGCCUACAACGAGAACGAUGACAAGUAUUAUGCUAUGAAAGUCCUCUCCAAAAAGAAGCUCUUGAAGCAGUAUGGAUUUCCACGUCGGCCUCCUCCCAGAGGGUCAAAAGCAUCCUCUGGAGACCAGCCCAAACCCAUGGCACCCCUGGACAGAGUCUAUCAGGAAAUAGCCAUCCUGAAGAAGCUGGACCACAUCAAUAUCGUUAAGCUGAUAGAGGUCCUUGAUGAUCCUGCAGAGGACAACUUGUACAUGGUGUUUGACCUCAUGAGGAAAGGGCCUGUGAUGGAGGUGCCGAGUGAGCAGCCCUUCAGCGAGGAGCAGGCUCGGCUCUACUUCCGAGACAUCGUCCUGGGCAUCGAGUACUUGCACUACCAGAAGAUCAUCCACCGGGACAUCAAACCUUCCAACCUGCUCUUAGGAGACGACGGCCACGUCAAAAUCGCUGAUUUUGGUGUCAGCAAUCAGUUUGAAGGGAAUGAUGCCCAGCUUUCCAGCACUGCAGGGACACCAGCCUUCAUGGCACCAGAGGCCAUCUCACAGACUGGCAAAAGUUUCAGUGGAAAGGCACUGGAUGUGUGGGCCAUGGGAAUCACCCUGUACUGCUUUGUUUAUGGGAAGUGCCCUUUUAUAGAUGAAUAUAUUCUGGGUCUUCAUAACAGGAUCAAGACCAAGCCUGUGGAGUUCCCAGAAGAAGCACAGAUAAGUGACGAGCUCAAGGAUCUGAUACUGCGCAUGCUCGACAAAAAUCCAGAAACAAGGAUAACAGUCCCUGAAAUAAAGGUGCACCCGUGGCUGAGCAGGGGCGGCGCGGAGCCGCUGCCGCUGGAGGAGGAGCACUGCUCCGUGGUGGAGGUCACCGAGGAGGAGGUCAAGAACUCCGUGAAGACCAUCCCCAGCCUGCCAGCCGUGAUCCUGGUGAAGGCCAUGCUGAGGAAGCGCUCCUUUGGGAAUCCCUUCGAGGUGCAGACGAGGCGGGAGGAGAGAUCCAUGUCUGCUCCAGGGAACCUGCUGAUAACACAAGGCAGCAGAGAAGCAGCCAGGGACCCGGAGCUGCCCGAUGUGUGCGAAGACGAGGCCGCGUCCUGAGGCCGCCCGGCCGCCGCGGGCUGGGCGCGCACGAGCUCCAGCCCUUCGUGGUGUCGCGUGGAACAUCGCCCUCAUCACCCAGCCCGGGGCCUGCACAGCAACAACAGAACCAGACUAAACCCACCAGAAUCGGACCAAGCCAGAAAGCCAGGCAGGAGGAUCGGAGCAGAGCGAGCCUCGGGGCAGCGUGGCCGCGUUCCUCGGCCAGGGUGUCCUUGGCUCCUCCGUGUGUGCCUUGCUCUCCACUUGUGCUUCACCUCGGGGCUCUGUCGGGGGUCUCGGCUGAGGAACGGGGGUUUGUUUGUCUCAAGGGUCCUUUUCCCCCCAGAGACUUUUCCCUUGUGUUUUUGCAUUCCCUACUUCAAGCAUCAGGAAUGAAAACUGGCUUGAGAGACGGGUUUUAUAUCGGAGGGCAACUGCUUUAUUUAAUGCACAGAUAAAGCACUUGUGUACAUCAGGAGUGCUGCUCCUGGUAUGGAGUUGAUGGCAAAAUGUCCUUGGAUAUCAGUUAAAUGAGGAUGAGAUCUUGCUGUUGGAGUGAACACUGUCCCUCCCUAUACCUUUCUUUCUCUUCCCUUUUCCUCUUAUCCCUCAGUUCUGCAUGGUGUCAGUCCUGCCCCCAGCCACGGCCAGAGCAGUUGCAUGAGAUUCCCUUUAUGUGCACAGAGCUCUGGGGCAAGGGGAUAUGCUGCUACACAGAACAGCUCAGUGCUCCAGGGACAUCUGCCAGGCCUGCUCUUCCCAAAGAGCUGGGAAUGCAUCCCAUCAGCUGCACACAGUCCUGCACCCAUGGACCACGUUCUCCAGCUGAAAAGAGUGGCAGGUUUAGGCUUUAUUUUAUUUCAUUCCUUUCUCUUCACUCAUCUCUUGUGUACCUGAUGCUUUUAAACUUUAGUUUCCUGAAAAUGAGUCAAACUGGGACAGGUUCCUAGGAUGGAAAAUGUUGGUGGAGGGGUUUUAGAAAACUACAGAGCACAAGUUCACAACUUGAUGUUUUGAUUAUUUUUUUAAGGCUUUAAUUUUUAAUUUUGUUCUAAGACUCUUACUUUUAUGCAUGUGCUGAUGCUGCUAUUUUAUCCAUAGAUAGCUUCUAAACUUGGGGUUAGAAGCUUCAUCUCAACAGUUUGACAACCAGUGAGAGAUUGCACUUAAAAAGGCAAAUACAAAAAGGCAAAUAGAGCCAUUUCUGUGGCUGUUGACUGUACAGACUGUGUGGAUAACCAGGAAUUUCACUCUUCCAUUCAGAGAGUAAAAACCAGUGACAUCCAUCUGUCAAAAUACAUGUCAUUAUUUUCCCUUGAGCCUGGGAGCUCAAGGGAAGAUAAGUUUUUCCCUUGUGCAGCAGGGAGACUGGAAAGCAGAGUGGAGGGUUUGUAUGGAAAUAGAACCUGGAUGAGGUGCCAAACUUCUCUGCUUUAGCAGUGCACAUUUGUAGUGGAGUUUGCUGAGCAAAGCAGUGCAAGGCAUUCCUUUCUGGCUCAGAUCCUCCUGUACAAGUCCAUGCUCAGCUCAAGUCCCUCCCAAGCUGAAUUAACCUGGAUUAUGCCAUGACCCUGUUGCUCUGAAUGCAGCCUUCCAUGGGAUGAGGGAAGGAAAGCAGCUCAUCAGUCACUGCCUUGCUCCUUCCCUUCCUGAAGAAAAGCCAUGUAUGCUCAGAGCUGCUGCUGGCAGAGCCCAGACCUUCCGUCAGUAUCCACAAGCCAUCAAUCAAAGUGCUCCCAAAAAAAGG